AUGCACAUAAUUCAUCCGGCAGCAAGCCGUAAAUACCGCCCAGUCCUGCUUGCUGCAAGUGGUGCACCGUUUCGCGUACGCGAGCGACGAACUGGGGACGAGUUCCUGGCACAGCUGAAACCACUGAAUGAUGCGCUACAAAGGGACGUUGACAUGUACAAUUGUGUGGAUCACGAGAAUAUUGUGAGAUUCCACGAAGUGAUCAAAGAUGAUGAUCUCGCAUUGAUCGUCUACGAAGAGUGA